CGUAUCUUCUUCGCUGCCACACCACUCCUCUCUCUCUCUCAAGAUUUGAAUUUCGAAAUCUCUCCCAAAAGAUAUCUCUCUAAUCCUCCGCAUCUGCCUACAUUGACGAUUCAUACUUCAAAACCCUAACCACUCCUUCAGAUCUUAGCUUCUCUUCCCUCUUUACUGCUGUCGACAAUGGAGGAGACGAAAGAUUCCAAUCGUUGAGGAUCAGGCCUCUCUGCUUCAGGUUAUGCUCCUCCUGGAAUGGAUUUUUACUGGGAUUUUAGAUUUUCAGAAGAAGAAAAAGGAAGCAUUUUUUAUUGAUAUAGUGAUGCUGUCUCUGAUCUUCUUGUAACUGGAUGUUAAUGCUGUUUGGGUGAUACAAUUGAGUAGGCUUGUGUUUACUUUCACCGUGUGGGUGUGUUUGAGGAACUGAAUGAACAAAUGGAGGUUGAAAAGCGAAGUUCGAAAGCAGGCUUUCUGCAUUUAUUUGAUUGGAAUAUUAAAUCCCGAAAGAAGCUUUUCUCUAGCAAGUCUGAAGCACCUGAAAGUUCCAAGCAAGUAAAAGAUAAUUUCAACCAGCAAGCUCACUCCAAAUUUCAGAAGGUGAAUGAUUAUAGAUUUGACUUAGAUGCCAAACAAAACUAUGAUUGUCACUCUACUUCGUCAGUCAGCGGUGAUGAAGCUUAUGGGCAGCGACCGCCUGGGGUUGUGGCGCGCCUUAUGGGACUGGAUUCCAUGCCAACAUCACAAGGUUCUGAAUACUAUCAAGCCGCACCAUCCCCAUAUUCCCACUCUUAUAGAGAUUCUCAUUACCCCAGAGCUCCUGACGGCUUCAAAAAAGAACACCGCAUUGUUGUUUAUGAAGACAUUCGGAAUAAAUUAGAUGGAUUUACUAUGAAUCCAGUUGAAAUGAGGCUAUUGAAGUUGCAAAACCUCCCAAUAGAGAGGUUUCGAAGUGAAACAUUGCCUCCAAAAUCAGCAAAGCCCAUUUCUGUUACCCAACAUAGGAUGUUAUCUCCUAUCAAGAGUCGUGGGUUUAUCCCCCCUAAGAAUGCAGAGUACAUAAUUGAGGCUUCUUCCAGAAUAAUCCAUCAAAGUCCUAGAUCAACAAUAAAAAACAAGAUGCAAAAAUGUGGCUCAUCCUCAGUUCCUUUGAGAAUCCGAGACCUAAGAGAAAAAAUGGAUGCUAGUCAGAAACCAUUGAGGGUAGGUGAAGUUUCUCAAAGAAUUAGAUACCACAAUUCUGUUAGAGAUGUGAGGAGACAACCUACUGAAAGGGAUGAAGAUCUACAAGAAGGGACACCUCCAGUCUGGGUUUCUGAGGCAUCAAAACGAGGUGUUUCUCGCGGCAAGGGUAAGGAGAGAUCAGUUUCACUUGCAGUUCAGGCAAAGAACAAUAUUCAGAAGAGGGAAGAAUUGGCUCCAAUUGCUAAUAAUAGGACUACUGUUAUUCCAAAGGAAUGCAAUGAGGGAAAGUCUGGUAGGAAGAGAUCAAAUGCAGAAAGGAGUGUGGAAAAACGUAAAGUCAGCAAGCCUUCCAAUGUGCUGAGGCAGAAUAAUCAGAAGCAGAAUAGUUCAUCGAAUAAAGAUGAGGAAAGCCCAAAACCUUCUAUCUCUUACCCAAAAGAUAGGAAAUUUUCUUCCUCGAAUGACUCGUCCAGGCCCACCAAGACUGUAAAAAAUAUUGUUGUAAAUAACAGAAAUAGUUCUGGAGCUGCAAGAUUUAUGGCAACUGAUAUGGGAAAGGAACUUUCAUCCUCUAGAAGGAAGAUGCAUUCCAGGAAGGAAGUGCCUGUCAAUGAGGAUAUUCGUUCUUAUGGCACUGUUUCCAACAGCAUACUCAAUAGCAAAGAUGAAAAGUCUGUGAAAUGCAAUGUCACAAUUGAAGGAUGUACUGAAUGGGAUGGAGUUGAGAAGAGAAAUGGUACUGAUGUCAUUUCGUUUACAUUCACAUCUCCCUUUAAGAAACUUGUGUCAGAAUCAACAUCAUUAACCCAAAUCACGGAAAAUAAAUUUUUCUCUCUCAUUUCUGAUUCUUGCAACGUUGAGACAUUGCCAAAAUCAUCCAUAUCACGGCCUCUAGGUUUGAACAUUUUUGGUGGGGAUGCUUUGGGCAUUCUAUUAGAUGAAAAGCUCAAGGAGUUGACUUCUAUAGUUGAGUCGUCUGGUCAAGACCUGAACGAAAUGGGAUCUAUUUCUAGUUCUGCGAACACCUCAGCCAGUUCUGAUCUUCAAAACAUCAUUCCUGCAGAACAAAGCAGGUUUAAAUUCAACCCAACAAAAGAGAAAACAGAUGUCCAAUGUGACUUUGUAUCUCCUCUUGUUGCACUUCAACCAAAUACAGAGAAGUGGCAGCUAUCAAAAGAUAUAGAGGAGGAUCUCAAUGGAAUCUAUAUUGGACACGACAGAGAAUUUAAUUCUCAGUAUCCUAGCCCAACCUCAAGUCUAGAGUCUUCUUUCUCAGUAGACAGCAACAGUUUGUCAGACAAUAUUGAAAGCUUUAAUGGAAAUGGAACCAAGAAUCAUUUUGCUGGCUCACACGAAGUGAGGGGUAGGAACUCUUCAACAACACUCACCGUAGAAGAAGAAGAAGCAGAAUUAUUAGACUCUGCCUCUUCAGUGUCCAUAUGUAGCAGAAACAGGCAGCCAAGAAUUGCAUUCAUUUGCGCUGACAUCAAAGGUUCAACCUACUGGGAACUGGAAUACAUCCGUGACAUCAUCAGAAAUGCAGAUCUGACGACAAAGAUUGAAUCUUUUUCAACCAAAGCCAUACCCGCGGAUCUUUUCGACGCGUUAGAGUCGCAGCAGAAAUACAGAUUCAACAAAAGCGCGCGAGAGUCAAAGCCCAAGCGAAGGGUACUGUUUGACUGCGUGGUGGAGUGUCUGGAGCUCAAGAACAAGGAGUCGUUUGGCGGGAGUUUCCAGAACUGGGCGAGAUGGAACAUGCUGGUGGAGAGGAAGGAGUGGCUUGCAGAGGAGGUGUACAGAGAGGUGUCGUGCUGGACAGAAAUGGAGGAUUUGAUGGUGGACGAGGUUGUGGAGAGGGACAUGAGCACGCGACAUGGGAAGUGGACCGAGUUUGGGAGGGAGGAACUGGAAGAAGGUAUUGAGGUUGAGGAGGGCAUUCUAACAUCUUUGGUUGAAGAAUUGAUGUUUGAUAUUUGGCUUUCUUGAUGAUGCAUUUAGGUCCUUUCUUGAUUGAUGGAAAUGACAUAAUUUUUAUAAAUAAGCUUUUGGUUAACAAGUCUUUUUUUGUUCUUCUGUAUAACUGAGCCUCCUUUUUCAGAAGGGAAGUUCAUAGCAUUAGGGGGGGAUGGAUCAUCAUGAAUUUGUUUAUAAAGUUUUCAUUUUUAACCUUCAGAUUGUAUCUGGUUAUUAAUUGUGAUUUGUGAUUAAAGAAGAUCAAUUUAG